GCGUCUUUUGCUUCCAUUUAUGUAGUAGAUUUCAUCUCAGGAACUAACACUUUUUACGACAUAUUCGUCGUGACAUUUACUUCUUUUGAGUUUACUCUUAAGAGUAUUUCAUUCAAACUCCAUCCGUGCUUUAAGUCUACCGCCGCAAGCCUUAUCUCCCUUUCUUUCUCUCACCAUGGAGUACAGACAACAACACUCCGUCUCAGACUCCGAAGUGAAGAUCCAGCCUCGACUCAUCAUCCACGGCGGCGCUGGAAACAUACUUCGCAGCAAUUUCCCCGCCGACAAAUAUGCCGCCUACCGAUCCUCUCUUCUCUCAAUCGUCUCCAAAACGCGAGACUACAUGAAUUCACCCACACACAGCGAGAAACCCUCAAGGAACCACCCCUCUGCUCUAGAAAUCGCCACCCAUGCCGUCGCCCAACUAGAAGACAACCCGCUCUUCAACAGCGGCCACGGCGCAGUCUUCACCCGCGACGGCAUUAACGAGCUAGAAGCUUCCGUAAUGGUCUCGCGGGGCUUCAAGAAGCGCGGCGUGGGCGUCAUGGGGCUGCGGAGAGUGCGCAAUCCGAUUCUGUUGGCGAGGAAGAUGCUUGAGCAUGGGGAGCGGGAUCUUGCGCCUGCGGGGUCUGUGCCAUCUUCUUCUUCUUUUUCUUCUCCGCUCUUGGAUAUGGAUGUUGAUGUUGAUGAGAGUGAAAAUGGGGGGUUGAAUGUUCCGUCUGCGCAGGGACAUACACAGCUUCACGGUCAGACAGCAGAGCAAUUAGCCCAAAUGUAUGGUCUUGAAAUGGUCGACCCGAAAUACUUUUUCACGCAGCAGCGCUGGGACGAACAUGUCCGUGCAUUGGAGCGCGAGCAAAACGGACUGAGCUCAGGAACAUGGCAUGCAGAGGAGUAUCUUCCGCAGGGAACGUGCGGAGCGGUAGCUCUAGAUGCAGACGGCGUGGUAUGCGCUGCUACGAGUACAGGCGGGAUGACGAAUAAGUUGACAGGCCGAAUUGGCGACACGCCCGUCGUCGGGGCAGGAUUCUGGGCUGAGGAGUGGGAUGAAGAGGGAUUGGAGGGGGUUGUUAAGGGCGUAAGGCCUGGAGUGAGUUUUGUUGGGCCGUUGAAGGGGUUGCUUGCGGAUUGUUUCCCUACGCCGUGGCUGUAUUCUCCUGCUGGGCAGUUUGUGCCCUCAUCUUCGACACGAUGCAUGGGGUUCUCGGGGACGGGGAACGGGGAUUCGUUUCUGCGUGUCAAUGCUGUGCGUACGGUUGCGGCGAUUGCGCGAUACAAGCCUAUUGCUGGAAAUAAGGCAUUGGCGAGAGUUGCCGGUCCGGGGGGCGAGUUGCAGAAGAGUGCGGGAGAUCGAUGGGGCCGGACGGGAGAGGGCGAGGGCGGGAUAAUUGGUAUUGAAUGCGUCCUGGAGCGAGAUGAAGAUGGUGGUGUAGUGGGUGUUAAGUCGGAAGUGCUGAUGGAGUAUAACUGCGGUGGCAUGUAUAGGGCUUGGAUUGAUGAUGAUGGGGAGGCGGUGAUGAGUAUCUGGUCGAAUGGAUCUGCAGACGAGCUGUGAGUUUUGAAGAUCAACAUGUACCUAGUAAUAUAGAGAUUUAGAUUUGAGAUCAACAUGUUCCCAGCAAUAUGAAGAUUUAUAUGAGAGCGC